GUCAUCAUACAGUCGCUGCUCUGCUCCCGGAAUCGUACGUUUCUGUGCACAUCAGCAGUUAUUUCCCAGACCAUACAACACCGAUGAACGGACCUGAUCAGUAUCUUCAAUGCGCAACAGGAACUGGCCUCCAGUUCUCUUGGCGAGUAGAUAGUUAAAGAGCGCAGUCCGUAGCGAUCCUAAAUGGAGAUAACCGGUCGGGGAAGGCGCAAAGCGCGUUCGCGCCGGGGCGUCGGGGAGAUUGCUCUUCGGUUUGCGAGCAUUUGCGCCCGCAGAGGAAGACGAGGCUCUGCAUUGGGUGCAUGUCCAUGAUCGCCGGGCAAUAAGCCCGCUGCGUAGGCUCCUCAUGAGGGUUCAAUUUGAACAGACAAAGGUGCCUGGGGAGCGUUUGCUCGGGCCGGCGGUUUUUUGCGGAGGUUCGGUAGCUCCGCGCGACUGCCCGACAAAAUUUCGGUUGGCAACUCCGCUGAAAUCAACAUUUCAACUUUAUCCCCUCGCUUGCCGUUUACUUCGCGUCUGGCCUGGGUUCUAGUGUCACAACUAGCGGCCCGUAUACUUGCUAUAAUUUCAAUCCCUUCUCUCGCUUCACUCGUUGGAAUACGCUACGAUGGCUGAGAUCGAAGUUGACCUCUAUGAGGUCCUCGAGGUCCACCGAGGCGCGAGCGCCGACGAGAUUCGCAAGGCUUACCGGAAGGCUGCUCUCGUCAACCAUCCCGACAAAGUCCCCGAAGACGAGCGCCCCGCGGCCGAAGCCAAGUUCAUUAAUGUCCAGAAGGCUUACGAGAUUCUUUCCGACGAUGAUAAACGCCACAUCUACGACACACAUGGCAUGUCCGCCUUCAACGGAGCCGGCGAGCCUGGCAUGGGUGGUGGUAUGGGAGGUAUGCCUGCGGGUUUCGAGGAGAUGUUUGCCGAGAUGUUCAGCGGAGGUAUGGGCGGUAUGCCAGGCAUGGGCGGCAUGGGUGGUAUGGGCGGUAUGCCUGGAGGUGGCCGACCCCGGAGAAGCCCAGACGAGGAGCAGGACUAUGAAGUCAGUCUGGAGGAGCUAUACAAGGGCAAGACCGUGAAGUUUGCCAGCACCAAGAACGUCAUUUGCAGCCUGUGCAAGGGCAAGGGUGGAAAGGAGAAGGCCACGGCUAAGAAAUGCUCUACUUGCGACGGCCACGGUCUUCAGGAGGUGAUUACCCAGAUGGGACAGUUCUUGACCAAGCAGACGCGGCCAUGCUCCGUCUGCAAUGGCCAGGGUUCUUUCUUCAGCCCCAAGGACAAGUGCAAGAAGUGCAAGGGAAAGCGGACAAUCGAGGAAAAGAAGAUGCUGGAGAUCUACAUUGCUCCUGGUUCUCGCGAGGGAGAAAAGAUUGUCCUGGAAGGCGAGGCAGACCAAAUUCCAGACCGGGAAAACGGCGACAUCAUUUUCAAGUUGGUCCAGGAGGAGCACGAGGUCUUCGACCGAGCUGGCUCCGAUCUGCGGGCGGCUAUCGACAUCACUCUGGCCGAGGCUUUGACUGGAUUCUCGCGCGUCGUGCUGAAGCAUCUCGAUGGACGUGGUAUUGAGAUCACUCACCCUGCCGGCAAGGUUCUGUCCACCGGACAAGUCCUCAAGGUCCCCGGUGAGGGUAUGCCGAUCAAGCGCAGCGACUCUCGGGGUGAUCUCUACUUGGCUGUGAACGUCAAGUUCCCCGAUGAGUCCUGGAACCCCACUCCUGAGAUGCUGGCCAAGCUCCAGGAGCUGCUUCCCAAGCCCGGCCCUGCUAUCGAGGCCACUACCGUUGAUGAGGUUGAGUACGACCCCAACGGCAACAUGGACGAGUUCGGUGCUCGGGACGCCCAAGGCGGUUCAGCCUGGGUGGAUGAUGAUGACGAGGAGCCAGCGCAGUGCGCGGCCCAGUAAAUGAGUGCAGAAGACACUAGAAUUCAUGCUUUGCUGGCAUAGAAUGGCGUCUGGGGUUUUUGCAUUUUCCUCGUGGCUUUUUGACCUUCUUAUGAGACUCGGACAUCUCCCUUCUACGAUCAUGAUAGUACAGUAGACUCAAUGCGUUAGAAUUGAACACCAUCAUUCUUUAUGAAGUUAUGCGUCUCUCUACAAGAGCAUCUUGUUGUCAUUUAUUG